AUGGCUCGGGCCGAUCCCGUUUACCCUCAGACUAUUACGCAAGCUAUUCAAGUUGGCGAGGAAAAUAUUUCGAUCGCCUGUACGGCUUUCGCGAACCAACUCCUAUUGAUAGUAUCGUCGAGUGGGAAGAUGGGGAAUCUCCUCAAAGUGACCAUAGAGUCAGCUCCGGAUCUCUCGUCGAACUCUUCAGAAGACCUAGUUACUGUGGAACCCUUGCUCGGUGCUGACGAUGAACAAAUCCCGGUUGUCGGGAGAUACAUCGCAGAGAAAGUUCUCCGCGAAUUGUCUCGGAAAGAGAUUCUGAUCGGGGUUAGCCUGAAAGACAUGUCAAAGCCGUUUAUACAUGAGCUCGCCGACAAGAUUCUCAAUGUCAUCCGUGUUCAUAAAUAA